CAUGCAAAAGCUACCAACUGCUGUUUUCAUACAGUAGAGCAUCUUCAACCUGAGAGGCUGUUCGCCAAGAGAGGACCUGUCAAAUGUUAUGGUGGCUGAACCUCCUGGCCGCUGCAGGCCUGCUGGCAGAUUUGGGAGCAGAAAGUCUGGAAUUCACCAAUUUUGGAGUGAGGAACAUCAACUCCUGUCCCAUCACCUAUUACGGAGAGAAAUAUGACACAAUUUAUGUCGACUUCCUGGGCUCCAAGCUGUCGGUCUGCUUCAAGGGCAGAUACAAGCCUGCAACCAAGAACGACUGCAUCAUGAUGUCCAGGGGAACGGCCAGCAGCGGAGACCUGACCGUGCUGACCAGGGAGAUACCCACCAGCUCUGGCGUCCAUAAAAUGUUCCCCGACCUGAAAUAUCCCGGGAGAUGUGUGAAUGUGAUUCCACUGGCCGACCAUGCUCAGUCGCCAAUUAAACAAAUUGAACUUGGCAACUUCGGGUCUCAAGCUAUUCUGGCAAUCAAGACCUUUUCUGGCUACACCAACAACUGGCUCAUGGCAGACACUCUGGUUGAUGGUCAUUCGGUCGACACACACAGAUUCCCGAGAAACGACACAAGUGUGGGAGUUAUUGCUGACAUGAGUGGUUGCCGACUGUCAGGUUUCGUAUACAAGUCCAACACAACACUGUUUGACGCCAGAAUCUGCUCCACGGUGAGCUGCGAUGUGGACGGAAACGCUUCAGCUGUCAGUGGGUGUGGCCCGAUGGAGAACUGUGACGGUGCCGGGAGCUGCUUCCUGAACACCGUGUGCACCAUCAGCGCCUCGAACGUGAUAGACUUCAGCGGCCAGUCCCACUCGGCCCCUGACCGCUGCGGAUACUCUCUCUUCCAGUCUCCUUCACUCCCCAACCUGCAGGUGUGGGGGGUUUUUAAGGAGCGUUGGCGCGCAGAUGUCAGCAUGUUGGACCAUAUCAUCAUCCACCUGGUUCAAGAAGAUGUGGACAUCACUCUGGAGCAAGGAGGAAGGGUUUUGCUGGGUGACACUGAGCUGACCCUCAGCUCAGCUGCAACAGUCGUCCACGGGGUGGAGCUUUACAGGAACCAGUUCGGCGUGACCGCGAUGGCCGCUACUGCCGAUUAUGACGUCUCCAUUUUCUUUGAUGGCAACACUGCGCAGAUUAACAUGGAAGGGCCAAGUGGGGAACCAGAGAUUCACGGAUUAUGUGCUGAAGGGAACUUUGUGGCGGAGAAAGUUGCUGCCCUCAGCGAGUCUGGAUGCGAGAUCCAACACAUGGAAGAGGACAACAGCACCAUCGACUGUGCUGCCGGAACUGACUGGUGCAACCAACUGACUCGCGGCCCCUUCACUCCCUGCCACCGUCACGUUGAUCCGACGCCGUUCGUCUCCAUCUGCAAGGACACGCUGUGUUCGCACCCAUCUGUAGGCAACCUGAAGUGUCAGUUCAUGGAGGCCUACAGCCGGGCCUGCCAGCUCCGUGGCAACUUCACCGUCAACAACUGGAGGGCCGACACCAUCUGCGUUGCUGCUCCAGAGCCGUUCUGCCCGGACAAAUACUGCAGUAGUCAUGAGUUCUGUGGUGAGAGACACAGUGGCGAUGAGAAGAUCUGCCUCUGUCGAGCCAUUUUCGCUUCCAAGUACAGACCAACCAGGUCCUUCGGAGAACCGACAGAAUGUGAGCGACAGUCUGGUCAGGUGAAUAUGGCGCGUUGUCUUCUGGAGGAGAGAAGCAUCAACUUCAAAACUUUGCACCUCAACGACCAAAACUGCAGAGGAGUUUUGAACAAAAAGACCCACAUGGUGACGUUUGGCUUCAAUAGCAGCAACGCUUGCGGAACUGUUGUCAAGACCAAGGGCAAUCAAAUCAUCUACAAGAAUUCUAUCAUGACACGGAACGUCACGGCGCCCGGGAAAAUCAUCCGCCACAACUACUUAGAGGUGGACUUCUCCUGUUUCCUCACUCAGCCUGACGUCCAGACCUGGGCCAUCAAAGUCAAAGAGAACUCAGCCUUCCACAUGCUCUCGGCUGGAGAGUUCGAUUAUUCUCUGACCAUGACUUUGUACACCGACCCUCAAAGAAAGAAACCUUAUCAGAAGGAUGAGGAUAUUGGGCUGGAUGAGAAGGUCUGGGUGGAGCUGAAAACCAACGGCCUGGAUGAGAAACUGAUUUCUGUGGUGACUGAGAACUGCUGGGCGACAGCUGAGCCUUUGUCAAACGCGACUCUGAGAUACGACCUCAUCAUCCACGGCUGCCCAAAUCCUGAUGACUGGACUGUGAAGACGCAUGGGAAUGGAGACGGAACAUCCAACUAUUUCUCUUUCGAUGUCUUCCGAUUCACUGGCUAUGACAGCGCUGUUUUCUUGCACUGUAUCGUCGAGCUGUGUGUCAAGAGCGGCAACAACUGCAUCCCGCAAUGCAACCAUGGCAACAGGGAGCGCAGAUCUGUCGAUGAACCCAGUUAUGAUCCGGCUUUGAUCACCAUGGCCUUGAUUCAUUAGACGUUCGCAGAUGGAUGUGAAGCGAACCCACUGCUGCUGUCACUGGUGUUGGAAUAAAAUCAUUCUCCUUCUGGAACGAAAGUGCUACUUUUCCUGUCAACAAAGCAAAUAAACAUUGACUU